UCGGAGCAGAUUCAUGUGGCGAAAUGGAUCUUCAACGUGUUCUGGAGAAGUGUGGCAACUUUGGCCCCUAUCAAAUCCUGUUGCUGGGUCUUUAUGGAUAUACUAAUAUAGUGUCCUCGCUGCACUAUUUCUCGCAGACCCUCAUUAGUUUUACUCCAUCGCACAGAUGUUCUGCACCCGCGGAAUACUCGCAGAAUUUAACCCUACUGCAGACCUGCAAUGUUAUUCAGUACGAUGCUGACCUGACUUCACAUCGAGAUUCCAAGUGCACCUCCUGGGAUUUCGAAAGGGAAAGCAACUACGAGAGCGUUACCACCGAGCUGAAGUGGGUCUGCGACGAUGCCUACAAACUGGCGGUGGGCCAGUCCUUCUUCUUCAUCGGAUCCGCCCUGGGCAGUAUUUUCUUCGGGUAUUUGGCCGAUCGCAUAGGACGUCUGCCUGCCUGCGUUUUGACCACUUUGACAGGAGCCUCCGGGGACUUCUUCACUUCAUUCGUGAGCAGUCUGCCUUGGUUCUCCUUCACGCGCUUUAUUUCCGGUCUCUCUAUGGACACCCAGUAUGUCCUCAUGUAUAUUUUGGUCUUCGAGUACUUGAGCCCGCAGCACCGUACCUUUGGCCUCAACAUCAUUUUGGGCGUUUUCUACACUAUUGGUCUCAUGAUCUCGCCUUGGAUCGCCAUUUGGUUGGGCAACUGGCGCAGUUACCUAUGGGCGGCUUCUCUUCCAGCCCUGGGAAUGUUGGUUUAUCCAUUUUGCCUUCACGAAAGCGUGGAGUGGCUGCUGACCAAGGGAAAAUUCGACAAGGCAGUCAGCAAUCUACGGAGCAUCGCCAAGUUCAAUGGGCGGAAAGUUGAGGACUCUGUUUUCGAUGAGUUCAUAAAACACUAUCGCGAGAAGUUGAACAGUUCGCAAAAGACAUCCUCAGACACCUUUAUGGGCAUGCUGAGGACGCCAAGACUGAGAAAGUUUACCAUUAUUCUGUUGAUUAAAUCAAUGAUCAUCACAAUUGCAUUCGACAUCCUGAGUCGAAACGUCGAGGGUGUGGGCAUAUCACCCUUCAAGCUCUUCUCCUACUCUGGAUUCGUUGUCCUGCCCGGUGGCCUCACCAUUAUCCUGUUCCAGAAUAAAAUCGGGCGAAAGGGCAUGGCCUGCGCCUCGCUCUUUGUGGGUGCCAUCAUCACUGCGGCCACAGGAUACAUGGUGGGCAUCCUUGAUCCUGCGAACUACUCCGUACUCCUGGGCAUCAUGGUGUGCUUGGCCAGGUACGGAGCGGUGGUGGCCUACGAUGCCGAGGCCCAGUACGCGGCGGAGAUCAUUCCCACCAGUGUGCGAGGACGAGGGGUGGCCAACAUCCAUGUGGUGGGCAACGCCUUCGCCUUCUUCAGCUCCUACAUAAUCUACCUGGGCACAUUCUACAAGCCGCUGCCAUCUCUUCUGAUAAGUUUCCUGCUCAUUAUCGGCGGUUGUUUGUGCCUGACUCUUCCCGAGACUUUGCACAAGCAACUCCCACAGACUCUGGAGGAAGGUGAAAUUUUUGCCAAGGGCGAGAAAUGGUAUUUCUUUCCCUGCUUUUCCCACAGAGUUCCAUCGAAUGAAUCCGCAUCUCAGCUAGAGUCAGCCAACUAAAUUACCAUGUAGUUAUAAUAAAUGUACGCAAUAUAUAAUAAA